CCUCUUCCUCUGGCGUCGGUUCCGCUCGCACAGCUCUCUCUCCGCCGCCACCGCUCCUCGCCGCCGCUCUCGCCCGUCUGCGCUCCGGGCCGCUCGGGCGUUUUCUCUCUGCCUUAAAGUCGGGUGUCUUUUAUGAAUAAUCAAAAGCCGCAGAAGCCGACACUAUCGGGCCAGCGUUUUAAAACCAGAAAGAGAGAUGAAAAAGAGAGGUUUGACCCUACUCAGUUCCAGGACUGUAUUAUUCAAGGUUUAAGUGAAACUGGCACUGACUUGGAGGCAGUAGCAAAGUUUCUUGAUGCUUCUGGUGCAAAACUUGACUAUCGCCGCUAUGCAGAAACACUUUUUGACAUCCUGGUGGCUGGUGGAAUGCUGGCCCCAGGUGGUACCUUGGCAGAUGACAUGACACGCACAAACGUCUGUGUAUUUGCAGCACAGGAAGACCUAGAAACCAUGCAAGCAUUUGCUCAGGUUUUUAACAAGCUCAUCAGGCGUUACAAGUACCUGGAGAAAGGCUUUGAGGAUGAAGUCAAAAAGUUGCUGCUGUUCCUGAAAGGGUUCUCGGAAUCUGAGCGGAACAAACUGGCCAUGCUGACGGGUAUUCUGCUGGCCAAUGGGACACUGAAUGCAUCGAUUCUCAACAGUCUUUACAAUGAGAACUUGGUUAAAGAAGGUGUUUCUGCAGCUUUUGCAGUCAAGCUGUUCAAAUCAUGGAUAAAUGAGAAAGAUAUUAAUGCAGUGGCUGUCAGUCUUCGCAAAGUAAACAUGGAUAAUAGACUGAUGGAACUCUUCCCAGCCAACAAACAAAGUGUUGAACACUUCUCUAAGUACUUCACUGAAGCAGGACUAAAAGAACUUUCUGAGUAUGUUCGGAACCAGCAAUCCAUAGGAGCUCGGAAGGAGCUGCAGAAAGAACUGCAGGAGCAGAUGUCACGGGGAGAUCCGUUCAAGGAUAUCAUCUUGUACGUGAAGGAGGAGAUGAAGAAAAACAACAUCUCGGAACAGACUGUGGUAGCCAUAAUCUGGUCAAGUGUAAUGAGCACGGUGGAAUGGAACAAAAAGGAGGAGCUGGUAGCAGAGCAAGCCAUUAAGCAUUUGAAGCAAUACAGCCCUCUACUUGCUGCCUUCACCACCCAAGGUCAGUCAGAGCUGACUCUUCUGUUGAAGAUUCAGGAGUAUUGUUAUGACAACAUUCACUUCAUGAAGGCCUUCCAGAAAAUAGUGGUGCUCUUCUAUAAAGCUGAAGUUCUGAGUGAAGAACCCAUCUUGAAGUGGUACAAAGAUGCACAUCUUGCUAAAGGAAAGAGUGUUUUUCUGGAGCAGAUGAAAAAGUUUGUUGAAUGGCUCAAGAAUGCUGAAGAAGAGUCGGAGUCUGAAGCUGAAGAAGGUGACUGACCUGAGAAACUCUGUCCUCAGUAAAGCAAACAGGAGCUGUAGAUAAGUGUCAUGUCUCAUGUGUCCUUCUGAUUCUUACAUCCUACCUCCCUGUAUCAAGCAUGAUAUAAGGGCUCUCAUGGCAAUUUAUUUUAACUGUUUUCUAUAGUUAUUGAAAUACUGGAUUUAGUUUUUAAAACCAUGUUCAAGUAGCUUACUGGAGCUGUUAUAGGUUUGACUCUAACUUGCAUUUGUCCUUUCAGUUACCUUCUACCUCCUGUAUUUUCUACUGUAAUACUGUCAUUUAAAGCCUUCCACAGUGAAAUCUACCUUACCCCUUGGGAUUUCUAUCUGUAUUGGAGUAGAUGUGAUAUGGUGAAUGAGACAGGGCAGUUCUGUUUGCAGAUUAAACUGUAAAAAGUCUCCAAGUGAA